AUGGACAACAGGCCUGCUUCCGAGUACGCGCAGUCAGGUUCGCACACACCAUAUCCACCACCGUCCACCGCGACACAUUCUGAAUUCACAGCCGCAGACCAGCCAUCUGCUGCUGCCACUGCUCAAUACACGCCCCAGCCUGAGUCUCGCCCAGGCCCUCAGUACACUCCGCAACCAGAGGUCCGCCCCGGAACUUCGUCCAACACACCACAGUCGGACUACAGUCUAAACCAGCCGCCUCCCGCCGCGCGCUCUCCUGCCUACCCCGAAUACCUGGCCCGCCCCCCUCAGUACCAUCACGCGCCGAACUCCCAACCCGGCGGUGCGGCAGGUAUGGCUCAAGCAACAAGUCCGUCCAUGAACACCCUGAAUGAUGGGCAGCCAAAUGGCCAUCGCAAUCACUCGAACGUGAAGUCUGACGCGGACGUUCCUAUAGAUCCCUCGAUCGCGGCAUCCAGCCCCACCUAUCCUCCUCCCUACUCGCCUUAUCAGCCUCAGGGCCACGACAUGGCUCAGUACCCGGGCCACCCGCCCCCUCCGCCUCCACAGAUGUAUGCGCGCCCAGAUUGGCAUGGGUAUGGGCAACAUCAGCACGGUCUUCCUGGACCAUACAAUGGCCCUGCCACAACGGUUGGUCCCGCCUCCCCUGCAGCGACCGCAGGGCCGCGCCCUGGCCAGGUUUACUCGUUUGUUCCAAUUCCUGGCGCUCAGCAACACAAGCGACCCCGUCGCCGCUACGAGGAGAUUGAACGUAUGUACAAGUGCGGAUGGAAUGGCUGCGAAAAGGCUUACGGCACACUGAACCAUCUGAAUGCGCACGUUACGAUGCAAUCGCACGGAGCGAAGCGAACCCCCGAAGAGUUCAAGGAAAUCCGAAAGGAAUGGAAGGCCCGGAAGAAGGAGGAGGAAGCCCAGCGCAAGGUUGCCGAGGAGCGUGAGCGUGCCGCUGCCGCCCAGGCUGCUCAAGCAAACCAAGUUGACGCUCCCAACCCAGCAGACCCCUCACAGGGUGGCCAGCCUCCUGCUUACCCUGGCGGAGUGCGGCCACAGCUGCCUCCGAUCGGGUACCAGCCUGCUGAAGGCCAGGUGCCUGGUCAAUACGGCGCUGGCGCUGGUGGAAUGGUCUACCAAAACAACGGACAGAUGGGAUACCCCCCAAACUACCCUCACUCGCCCUACGGGCAGAGCGGCCAAGUGUACCAGCAACAAAACCAAUCGACCAGCUACCCGCAAUAG